AUGCUACUCCAACUCUCCGAACUUACUCUACACUGGCGCAACCUCGCGCUCGAAUACUACAGCCAGCCAAGGACCUUUCAGCUCAAGACCAUUCCCCGCGUCGCCAGCUGGACUGCCCAUGUCCCUGCCGACGCUCGGUCUGGGCUCAGUACUUCGCAUUCUCAUUUCAUGACCUCUACCUCCAGCAAGACAACUGUUACAGCCACCACCUCCAUAUCAAGAGCAAGGUCUAAGUCCACCACAUCCAACUCCGCCCCAACAUCAAAGAAGGGCCAGCCCAUCACUCAGGAGCCAGCCCACGAUGACGCUGAAGAGGUUCCCAACAUUCGCGAUGAUGACGACUCUGGCGAUGUCCAACACGAGCAAAAGUUCAUUGCGGCUCAGAGCGGCAGAGCCCGGGAUAAUGUAGUUGUCUCCAUCAGCUGGCGUUCCCCCACUCCAGACCUUGGUCCACCUUUCACGCAACGCGAGCCGCUCCAGCCCCAGUCUGGAUCCCUCAAGAGAACCCUCACCGAGGCUCUUGCCUCCGAGCCUGAAGAUGAUGAGGCUCUUUCGAAAGAGGAGCCGUAUUUUGAAGAGUCUCCCAUCGUCUCGGAAAAAGUCGGAGGACAAGAUGUCGAGGACGAGGACGAAGACGAGGACGUCAAGUCCAAUGCCGAAGAAGAUAUGGAUCACCUCAACGAGAUUGGCUACAAAAGCGACAACAUGGUUGAGGACGGCGAUGAAGAGAAGAUGAGUACUGGUGAAGUUGACGUCGGGGUGGACGAGAACGAACCACAAGUUGAAGACAUGGACAAGGACAGGUCCGGGAAUGGGCAAGACGAACCUCAGGAUAUAGAGGCCGCCAGCCAGGAGGAGCGCGGUGACGAUGCGAUGGAUUUGCAGACCAAUGAACAGGACAGCAACAACCUGGACGACGACGCCAUGGAACCCGACCAGGAUGUCCAGGCUAUAGAAUUGCCCUCGCCCAAGGAAAUCCCGGCUCUGCGGAAGCUUGAGAGCCUUCCGCGCACGACUCAUUCAAUGCACGCGAGGGCGUCCGAGGCGCAGGAGCGCCCUCAGAAACGCACAAAGGUUAUGGCCAAGGUUGUCGGCUCCACCACCCAGCGGGCCCCCUCGUCCAAGCCAACAUCCUCACGUCGACCAGUUUCCCACCGGGCGGUCAGUGCGUCAACGACUCCUGAUGCCGCUGACGCUGUCAAGGUCAACGCGCCCAGCAAGGGCAAGAAGUAUUGUAUGGAUGAUCUGCCAUCUGGUGCUCGAGACGAGCGAAAGUUCUCUGGCGGCUUCAUCCCCACUGUCUGCAUGUACUACGGAGCCCAGGAUUACGACGCCGUCUGGAAGGACGAUGGCCUCCCGGAAUUGCUGAAGAAGAUCUGGCGCGUUAUUUAUGGCGCUGAAGUUCCUCCUGAAUAUCUUCCGGCGGUCAUCAGUCUCACUCUCGAUCGGCUAUACCUUUGGCGGAACAACUUCAGCUCUACUGCUGUUUCUGCCCUUCUUUUCGUCUUCGCAGGCAGCAACAUCAUCGAGGAGGAGGAGCGCCUCAACUACUCGAAGGAGCUGCAUGCUCAGAACGCAUUCAUCUACGAGAAGUUCGAGGACAGGCAUCCCCUCAGCACCUUCCUGGGCUCGUACUUCCUCAUGGUACUCUCGUGCCAUUUCCAGGCUAUCCAGGGCUUCGUCCGCAUCUCCGCCUUGGCCAACGUUCACGAGCCGGAUUAUAUUCCGUACAGGGCUGCUGCACUAGCCGCCGCAGCUUGCUGCCGAGCACUUGAGAUGAACGUCGAGGGCAAGCUUGGGAACGUUGGUGGCGCGCUCGAACACACAAUCCGUUCGGGAUGCUCUGCGAACAGCGAAGGGUUCAGCAAGGCGAAGAAGUUCAUGACCCAGGCCAAUGCCGCGAGGAAGCCGCCAAAGAAGGGUAAGAAGACUGUGGCCAAGGGCAAGGGCAAGAAGAAGCAGGCCAACACCGGAAGCAACGCUGGCGACAGCGACGACGUUGCCGAGGCCCAAGCACCUGCCUCUCAAGCACCCGACGCUUCUCAAACCCCCGACGCCCCCGCCCCCGCCACCCCGCUCCCCUUUUCGAAGGACCACUACGGCAAGCUGGUCAAGAAGUUCUACCAGUACGCUGUCGGGAUGGGUGAGGAGCGCAUCAUUGAUGCCUUCGCGGCUUCCGGUGAGGUCAUCCAACACGAUGAUUCGGAGAGCGAGGAAUCCGAAGCUGACGGCACCGAGGGUCCGUCUGACGACGAUUUCCUCGUGCUCAACUGUUUCUGGAUGCACCUCACCCACAUACACGUCCAGAUCCAGGGGGACGGCGACACCGAAAGCAAGAAUGUUACCGGGCUCCGCCUGCCUCAUCUCACAUCCCUCAUCAUUGAAUCAAACAAUCGCAUCGACAUUGAAAUACCCACGCUUUUGCUUAAUCUCCCAAGUCUUGUGGAGCUAUGUGCGCCAAUUGCUGGACCCGACCUCUGGUCUGAUUUCUCUGCCCCUGACGAAGAUCACAUCCAUCAUACCCAUCAUAAUCUCAAACGUGUGUGCAUCGACGUCCUCUACGGCAGCAGUUUCUUCGACGUCGCUAUACUUCCCUCUCUAAGAGAUCUUACGGUUUCGGCAGCAAGCCCUGCCAGCAUCAGAAACGUAAUAGAUUUGCUAGAACGCUCCAAAUGCUGCCUCCGCCGCCUCGCCAUCAUAUCAUCCGACUUCAAUGUGUGCCAUGGAGACAGCGACAGUGAUGCUAUUGACAUGGGCGACGCAGAUUCCGCGUCAUACAACUGGGACACGGUUUGGGAAGAAGAAGAAGGCGACAUUUGCUUUGACAAAGAAGGGUACGAUCGAGCCUGCCAACGGAUCGAAGACGAACCGAAGGAGUACGACGUUUAUUACGACGGUGAAGACGACCAUUUCAAUCGCUAUGUUCCCCGUGACAGAAGUGAGACCUUCAUUGAUCCCGAUCGCUUUGAGUAUAGCGAGUAUCACUACGGCGAAAAGCUGGUGGGACUCGGGAGGCUGAUGAAGCAGAGGUUCGAUAUCCCGAUCGUGGAGUACUCGCCUUCGGUGUCAAGGACUGGUUUAUUCGAAGACAUCAAGGCGCGUUGGUACGAACAUGAAGGGCAGUGAAGAGCGUACUUGAUAAAAUGUUGCGAUUUGACCUGUAUUUGUACGAUAAUUGUUUUGAACAGAUCUAACUAACGUUAAGUCGCUAGUAGUAUGUAACGCUUCAAUGAGGAC